UCUGCAGGUCGUUCAUGCUAUCAUGGCUAGAGUCCUGCUGUUCGUUAUCCUUCUCUAUUAUUUUCAUGGAAUUAAAGCACAAGCCAGUGUUCCACCUAUACUGAGCGUGAGUCCACCUGCGAUCACAGAGACGGACUCAGUCACACUGAGCUGUCAAACUCCAUCAUCUGUUUCUGUGUCUCAGUGUGAUUUCUACACUGCAAGCCAGAAACUGUCCAAAGGUUCCUCCUGUGUGCAGACACUGACAGCGACUGAGCUACUAAAGAUCACACAGAAGAGUUUACCUGCUGCGGUUGAAGUGAGAUGUUCUUACACUGUACAAACUUAUACUUUUAAAUUUACAUCUCCUGACAGUGAGCCAUCCACCAUCAACAUAAACAACCUUCGUCCACCUAAACUGACAGUGAGCCCGCUGAUGAUCACAGAGACAGACUCAGUCACACUGAACUGUCAGAAUCCUCUUCCUGUCUCUCAGUGUUAUUUCAUCAUUUCAGGAGAUAAAACUGCCAAAACAGCUUCUUGUCUGCAGACUCUGACAGGGUCUGAAUUUCUGUCAUGGACACGUCAACGUUCACCUGUUACAGUUGAACUGACCUGUUACUAUCUUUAUAUAUAUAAAUCUCCACUGAGUAACAUGUCACCAGUCACCAUACAGAUUCCUUGGCCUGAAAUUAAUGUGCAUCCACCUCUGAUCACAGAGACGGACUCAGUCACACUGAGCUGUCAGACUCCAUCAUCUGUUUCUGUGUCUCAGUGUGAUUUCUACAUUGCAAGCCAGAAACUGUCCAAAGGUUCCUCCUGUGUGCAGACACUGACAGGGACUGAGCUGCUGAAGAUUGCACAGAACAGUUUACCUGCUGAGGUUGAAGUGAGAUGUUCUUACACUUUACAAACGUAUACUUUUAAACGUACAUCUCCUGACAGCGAGCCAUCCACCAUCAACAUAAUCGAUCUUCAUCCACCUAAACUGACAGUGAGCCCACUGAUGAUCACAGAGACAGAGUCAGUCACAGUGAACUGUCAGACUCCAUCAUCUGUUCCUGUGUCUCAGUGUUAUUUCAUCAUUUCAGGAGAUAAAACUGAUAAAGCAGCUCCUUGUCUGCAGACUCUGACAGGGUCUGAAUUUCUGUCAUGGACACGUCAAAGUUCACCUGUUACACUUGAAAUGACCUGUUAUUACCUUAAUAUACAGAAAUCUCCAGUCAGUAACAUGACACCAAUCAUCAUACAGACUCCUCGGCCUGAACUGACAGUGAAUCCAGCUGUGAUCACAGAAACAGACUCAGUCACAGUGAACUGUCAGACUCCAUCAUCUGUUUCUGUGACUCAGUGUUUUUUGUACUUCAUGAGAAGAAGAAAAUCUACAUCCAUCUCUUGUCAGCAGACACUUACAGCAACUGAGAUCAUCUUUAUGGCACAGCAGAGUUCACCUGCUGAGGUUCAAGUGGCAUGUUUUUACAUGACAGAGCGUAAAGGAGGACAAUACCAGUCUCCUCACAGCAUCAUAUCCUCCAUUAGUAUACAAUAUCUGACUACUUUGAGCACUUUCACCACAUCUGCUCCUAUUUCUAUGAAAGACCAAAGAAGAAACAGAAUUACAGGUUUUAAAAAAAGGAAUCCAUCAGACCUGAAUACUUUGAGGAUUUUCACAACAUCUACUCCUAUUUCUAUAAAAAUCCAAAGAAGAAACAGAAUUACAGAGGCAGCCUCCCCUUCUUUUGUUCCUGGGGUAACUCUCACAGCUGUGAGCAAUUUUACUGCUGGUGACACAACUCUUACAGAUCCAGCAACUGAUGAUGGAAUGACAGCAUCAAAAAUUAUAUGGAUAAUCGGAGCAGUUGUGACAGUGGAUGUCCUCCUGCUUGUACUGCCUCUUCUCCUUACGCAAACCGGCAUUGUGAAAUGUGGUUCCAAGAUUUAAGUAAUGUCAUCUCAAGUUGGCCACCAGUAGUACCAGUCUACGCCUUAUGUUCUUUCUGGCCACCACAGCCCUUGUGUUUCAAAUUAACUCAAGCAGAACUUUUCCGAUAGUGCGUAUUGACCUGACUACUAAGGUUGACCAAAAAUGGUUUUGUUGUGGCUGCUGCACUGUCUUUAAAAUGUAAACUUUUGUCUGUCAUUUUUUACUUCUAUUGGUAGCAAUAGAUAUCAGGACGAACAUUAUAUAUAUUAUAGUUAUCAUUUAUUAUUAUAUAUAAUAUCACCUAAUGCAGCGGUUCCCAAACUUUUUUUGCUAGG